CUUUUAUUUUCAGAAUAAGUAAAUAGUAUAUAAUAAAAUAGUUUUACCGGGGGUGGGAGCUGGUUGUACUUAUUUCUCUCGCGAGAUCUGGAAAAGAGCUGGUUACUUGUUUCUCUCGCGAGAUCUGGAAAAGAGCUGGUUACUUUUUUCUCUCGCGAGAUCUGACAAGACUGCGCGCGAACCAAACACGGCGAGGAUAAAGCAAGAUGGCGUCUUACGGUGAAGACGUUAUUGCAGUCGUCACAGUUCAGUGUUCUUAAUCUGUGCGUCCAUGUACACAUAUAUGUCCUUUAUUACACUUUAUUAAUUAAUAACUGUUUGUAUAUUAGUCUGAGCGCACUUUGAUGCUUCUCCAGCUAGUUUAGCUUGCUAGUUAGCUUAGCUUGUUAGCUGCUAACAAAGAGAGGCGGAAGUGAUGAAAACACAUCGCUAAGCAGAGAUCAAGUGUGAGUGUAAAGUGUUGUGAUUGUGUGAAAAUGUGCGAAAGAACCAUAGCAGAGUACGAGGAGGAACUUUGUCCAACAAAAGAGGAGAAGGAUCAAAAAUAUCAAGUUGUGUUACACAGAACAGACAUCCAUCAGCUGAUUGGACACCAAAAAGAAUGUCUCCCUCAUCUGCAGGGGGACAGUUUCACUUUAGAGGAUCCACAGCCCUCACAUUUUAAAGGGGACGAGGAGGAUCCACAGCCCCCUUAUUUUAAAGAGGAAGAGGAGGGAGAGUGUCCUGUAGGGCAGGAGGAGGAUGAUGUCAGCAAGUUUCCACUGACUGUUGUCUCUGUGAAGACUGAAGAGCAUGAAGACAAAGCACCUGAGUCCUCACAGCUUCAUCACAGUCCAAGCGUCUGUGAAAAAUAUCGUCCACCUGAGCAGCAGGAGGGGUCCUCCAGUAUGGAGCAGAAGAGGUCACAGCACCUCCACGUGAAAGAAGAGGAGCCACAGCCCCCCCACUUUAAAGAUGAAGACAAGAGACACCUCAUCAGUGUGAAGAGUGAAGAUGAUGAGGUCAAAGGUGAGAGUGAGGAGAAGAGAGAGGCGGAGCCUCCAAGCAGCAGCUCAACACAACACAUGACAACAGAAGCUGAUGGAGACCACUGUGGAGGAUCACAAGCAGACAAGAUGUUAGCUCCACUAUCAGAUAGUGAGGACACAACGUCACACUCUCCUGACACUGAUGAUGAACACUCUAAAAAUGAUAAGACAUGUCACACUGACAACACUCACUUCACAUGUUCUCACUGUCACAAAACUCUUAAAUAUCCUGGUAAUUUCAAAAGACACAUGAGAAUACACACUGGAGAGAAACCUUUUUCAUGUUCAAUCUGCGGUAAAGAUUUUAUUCAAAAGCACCAUUUCAAUGCACACAUGAGAAUACACACUGGAGAAAAACCUUUUUCAUGCUCAGAAUGUGGUAAAAGUUUUGUAUUAAAUCAAACUUUAAAAUUACACAUGAGAACACACACUGGAGAAAAACCUUUUCCAUGUUCAAUCUGUGGUAAAGAUUUUACUCAAAGGGACCAUUUCAAAGUACACAUGAGAACACACACUGGUGACAAACCUUUUUCAUGUUCAAUCUGUGGUAAAGAUUUUACUCAAAGGGCCCAUUUCAAAGUACACAUGAGAAUACACACUGGUGAAAAACCUUUUUCCUGCUCAGAAUGUGGUAAAAGUUUUGUAAUAAAUCAAAGUUUAAAAGUACACAAGAGAACACACACUGGUGAAAAACCUUUUUCAUGUUCAAUCUGCGGUAAAGAUUUUACUCUAAGGCACCACUUAAAAGAACACAAGAGAACGCACUCUGGUGAAAGACCAUACUCCUGUUCAAGCUGCAACAAAAGCUUUCGUCACCUAAACACUCUUAGAGCACACAUGAGAGCACACACAGGAGUUAAAGUGUUGAGUUGCAGUGUGUGUGGUGAAAGAUGGUCUAAGUACCAGAGUAAGAAACACAAGUGUGCUGGUGAGAACAGCAGCAGCAAAUGAAACUGCAGGAUUUGAAAUAAACUGUCAAAACUUUAACUUUGACUUUCUAACAACAUCAGCACAUAUAACAUGUGUGACAUCAUUGUUGUGUGUGUAACACAAUCUUGUUAAUAUGAUUCUAACAUUUAUAGAUUAGACACUUCAGAUUAGUGCUUUUAUUUCAGUCAAGUUCAUGAGUUAAUAUACACAUUUGUGUACUUUAAAAUGAACAGAACAAUUGGACUGAAAAGGUGUGAAUAAACAGUACAUAAAAUAUGUUACAUACAAUAAACAUUUUAAGUGUAGAUAUUCAUAAUUCACUUUUAUACUUAUUCAUAAUAGUGUUUUAUAUAUGUUUUUUGAAAUAAUGAAGUGUUACAUAUUUUAUUUUCUAAUUGUAGAUGAUUCCAUAGAUGAACUCCUUUAUAUGAUGUACAUAUUUGUUUUACAUGUGUUCAUACCUUUGCUUUUGAGUACACAUAAAUCCCUCUUAGUUCAUAUUUACUGGUUCACAUCUGAAACAUCUUCUGGACCACUUCUGGAAGCAUAUUUUUUACUUUAUACAUCAUUUGAACACUUGUCUUAUAUUAACUUUUAAAAUGUGUGACUUUAUGAAUCAUUUGCUGGGUCUCUAUAAUCCAUUCUAUUAAUUAUCUUUAUUACUCUCUUGUGUAAUAUGAAUAUUGUUGUGUGAUUGUUUUAUAUGUAUGUCCCCAGACCUUUAUGCAAUAAACAAUGUAUGCUUCAACUGAAGUUGGGUACAAUAAUUGUACUUAAUAUUUGUAAGUAUGUACUUUAUUCUAUUUAGUAUUGCACUCCCUUUUUUAAAUGUUUUCUUUAUAUGACUUCCAUGUAGUUUCCAGCUUACUUCAUCAUCUAGACUAAGUCAGCCUGGAGGAUGUGUGU